AUGGAUUCUCUGCACCAGCCCCUGCCCUUGGCGCUCUUGUUCAUCAUCCCGCUCCUCUUACUCCUUGGCCUCCUCGCUCGAUCUCGCUGGUGCUCGCCCUUCCCGCCUGGCCAAAAGGCCUCUCCCCAUCAUUGGCAACAUGCUGAUGAUGGACCAGCUCACCCACAGAUGCCUAGCCAAGCUCGCCUCCCAAUCGGCGGCGUUUUCCACCUCAAAAUGGGCUUCCUCCGCAUGGUCACCAUCUCUGACCCCGACGCCGCUCACCAAGUUCUUCAGGUCCACGACAACAUCUUCUCCAACCGACCCGCCACCAUAGCCAUCAGCUACCUCACCUACAACCACGCCGACAUGGCCUUCGCUCACUACGGCCCCUUCUGGCGACGACGAUGA